AUGACCAAUGUGAACAAUAUAAACCAUCUGCGUGAUCAAAGGAUGAAUAUGAACUUCUACAAAUCCAAAGGGGGUGAUACCAACAAGGGUAAAAAAGUUCCCAUGAAGAAGAUCAUAUUUGAGAAAGACAUAAGAGGUUUACAAGGUCUCAAUAUUGAUAAUGAGAAUUCUCAGAAAAAGGAAAGACCAAACAAGAUGUCUCAACAUCUUACUCAUGAUUCUGAAUCAUCGCAUGAGCAUUGUGUCAUUAAAGGGAAGGCUAAUGGUAAGGAUGGAGAUACUCACAAUUUUGAACAACCUACAGAGGUUCAGAAGGAGAAGCUUGAGAAGAAUAGUGGUUAUGGAAUAUUGUCUUCUCAUAAGUUUCGGGGUGUAAUUAACUAA